GCCAGGACCUCUAACAUGCGAGUCCCACGGAUUAUAACCGUAGCUGUCGGAAAUAUAACUGAUGCAGUAGCGUUAGAGCAGCUUUUUGAAAACAAUCGACUCAAAUGACUAGCUAACCAGCCACUCAACAAUCGAUCGACAAUUAGGUCUUUGGUCAACGCUAUAUUGCCAUCACUAAAGCGGUACUGCUCUCAACGCUAACUUUGCCAUCAUGCGAUCGAGUCUAUCAGAUGAUUCUUAGUGUCAUCACAUCCUUUUCAGCGCGAUUUUCUGCUCGCCCGCUGUCACUCCCGGUCCUUCGCUCCACUUUCGUAACCCAUCAAUACCCAACGACACACUUCCACAGACCGCACACCACGAUGCAGGCGAAUCGACACACUACUGUCAGCGGCGGCGCCUCUCUCAAACCCGGAGCAGCCAGAGGAAUAUCUUCAACACUCACGACUGACAACAGCAGUCCUACGUUUGGGGCUAGGCUGGCGAUUGACGACAGGCAACGGAGGACACCAAGUCCCCGUGGUGCGAAUGGGGAUGACGACUCUGAAGCCGAGUCCUACCGGGACGGUAGAAGAGACGAGGUCGACCGUGACACUCGCGGAAGAGCCUUUGCUUGGUGUCGAGACUUUCUGUCCGGGUCGUGGAAGACCAUCUCUGAACAGGACUUUCAAAUCAGUAUAGUCAGCGGAGGACUCAGUAAUCUCCUUUACAAGUGCAGUUUGCCAGACCAUGUCAGUCCGGUUGGCGAUGAGCCUGCCCGUGUGCUUUUACGGAUAUAUGGAGCUAUCCUACAGGGGGUGGACUCUUUGGUCUUGGAGAGUGUGAUGUUUGCCAUCCUGGCAGAGCGAACUUUGGGCCCCCGGCUGUUUGGGAUCUUCCCUGAGGGGAGACUGGAGCAGUACAUACCUAGCAAACGUCUGCGCACAGACCAGUUGGCCAUUCCAGAACUUUCUUCGGAGGUCGCCACGAAGAUGGCACGGUUCCACGGCAUGAGCAUGCCCUUCAACAAGGAGCCCAAGUGGCUCUUCGGGACCAUCGACCGGUACAUGGAGCAGAUAAAGACUCUGAAGUUUGUCCGGGACGCCCACAUAAAGAAGUUCAACAAGCUGAUGAAAUAUGACCUGCCCACUGAACUGGACAACCUGAGAUCACUGCUGGCAGCGACUCAUUCUCCUGUGGUCUUCUGUCACAAUGAUGUACAGGAAGGGAACAUACUAAUGCUCGAUGGGCGCCAGGCGGACGCUCCAGAGAAGCUGAUGCUCAUUGACUUUGAGUACAGCAGCUACAACUACAGGGGCUUUGACUUCGGGAACCACUUCUGUGAGUGGAUGUAUGACUACACGUAUGACCAGUGGCCCUUCUACAAGGCCAAGCUGGACCACUACCCCACCAGAGAACAGCAGCUGCAUUUCAUUCGUCACUACCUGACCGAGAGUGGAGGCUAUGCUGGCAGAGAGAACCACCUGGAGGCGGAGGAGGAGCUUAUGCUCGAGGCCAAUCGGUAUGCUUUGGCAUCACACUUCUUCUGGGGACUUUGGUCUAUCAUCCAGGCCCGCAUAUCCACCAUAGAGUUUGGCUACAUGGACUAUGCCCUAUGCCGGUUUGAUGCUUACUUCAAACAAAAGAAGCUAUUCGCCUGAAACCCGCCCGCCUGAAAUUUUCAUCUGGAGUAGUCCCCCCCUCUUCUACACACACUAACACACACACACACAAACUUACAGACACUCAUCUUCUCUCCCUCCAGAACGGUUUUAUUUCCUCUUACUAUGCGAGGAACGCUUCUUCUCAUCCAUCAAGUAGUUGCAACAGAGCUAUAGAGCAUGACGGCGAUUUCAAAUGAGGAACCUGGGCUUGCAUUGUGCUUCUUACCAGGAACGCCUGACCUGUCCAAAGACUCUUCCUCUCUGUCAUGCUGCUUCAAUACCGUUUUUUGUCAUGUAGACGACAUGACGAGACCUGCACGGUAGCACAGAAGAGAGUCGAAAGGGCUUAACCUCUUCUAAUGCACAACAGGGAACUCCUAACGUAAACAGACAAGCUGUAGCUAGCAUCAUUAGCCAUGUUUAGCAUAUGCUUUACUUGUACACUAACAGUACCAUUUCUCUGCACUUAGCUCACAUCUGUACAUUGUGAUGCUAUUUGUUUAGUUUGUUGUGGACCCAACGUGAGAGUCCAGCCAUAUAAGAAGCCUUUGUGUCCACCUCUGUUUACUGCUGUUUAAAAUGACCGACUCACUUACGCCUGUGUUUACUGUGGGCACCUGUAAAGAGGGCUCUCAUUUAGAAUGGCCAGCAGAACUAUGGCUGUAGCCCCCUCUUGUGGAUCUUGCCGGUAGUGCGUAAGGCCUUGCUGGAGUGCAGCAUUGGUGCCUCCUUAGUCAGUUGAAUUCAUGAUGCUUCAUAGAAUCCCAAAUUAGCGCUUAUCCUCUGUUUGACAGAACACCUGACUUCAGACCUUACUCUAACUCAAGUAUAGUGAUUUCAUCAUUUGAUACUUUUAGACUGAUUUUCUUUUCUUUUUUUACCUGUGCAGGAGUUGUCUAUUGGCUUUUUGCAAUUUAUUUUAUUUUUAAUUCAUAUUUAAUUAUUUUUUAUGUCAUAUUUCAUUAGUUCUGUUAUAUGGGUCCAUACUGUUUUGACAUACAUCAACCUAUAGAUAGAAUUGAUUGUGUCGCGUCAUGUUGAUGAUCUUUAGAUAAAAGAUUCAUGUCAGUAAUAUCAGAUACACGCCAUUUUAAAAUAACACCUGAACUGCUAAGUAUGUUCUUUCAAUGUUGAACUUAAUGGUUUGUUAAUGUUAUUAUUUCAUUAAUUCUGUAUGGUUAGCCGAGGCUCCUUAAUGUAAACCAUUACUGAACUGCUAUACUGUAUAUGGUUAUUCAUGCCGUUUCCUAACUGUGAAUUUGGGCCUGUAGCUCAAAGGUGGACACCUCUGUCAUGUGUUUCAUCAUGUCCCUCUCUCUCUCUCCCUCUUUCUCUCUCUCUCUCUCUCUCUCUCUCUUUCUCUCUCUUGCCACCUGUCUUUAUAUUUCCCUCUGUCUUUAUCUUUGCCUUCCUGUCCUUUUAGAUCUCUUGAAUCUCUGCAGAAGGAUAGCGUUAGCGAUGCAUUGUUGCCUUACCAUGCGUGUAGCCACGGGCAUCUGUCUGUUAGCAUGGAGUCUGGUUAGCAUGGGUCUGGGGUGCAUUUCCCAAAACCAUACAGUAUGUCCUUUUAGCAAUUUAGUUGGUUGGCAAUGGGAAAUUGCAUUGCAACCAACAAAGUUGCUAACUCGGUUAGCUACUGUGGUUUGGGGAAACACGCCCCUGGUUAGCAGCGGUCUGGUUAGCACAGGGACUGGUUGUGUGAUGGAGCCGAGGACCGUGGGACUGGGGAGUGAGCUAAUGGAGGCUCCAGUGGAGGAGGUGAAUGUUCUCAGAGCACCGUAGUCAAUAUUGUUGUUGCGUUGGAGCGGUGUAGCUGGUAGAGGGGAGGCCAGGAGGGUUGAGUGGUAGCUGAUAUAGGUGAGUGGUUGCUAAUCACCUCUUGGUUUAAUGACACUUGACUGAUCUUGAUUUUGAUUGAACUAUGUAUUUACUCACAACCGUACUCGGUGUUCACAGUUUGUUUAUUUUUAUUUGUUUGUUUGUCUGUUUGUUUGGGUCAGUUUGCCAGUUGAGUUUGGUUACCGUCCAAAUAUACAUAUUUUUACUUGACUGAAAGACACAGCCAAAAGAAUGUAGACUUCCUCCAGUUAUUGGAAUGAACUGUAAAAAGAAGACUGUGGUUAUGGGAACAGUACUGUGUGGUUUAAUUCAUUUAAAUAGCAUACAGACAAAGCACUCAUUUGAUGGAUGAGGAAUGAUUCUGUCUAAUUGACAGAUGUGUUGAAUUCUUUAAGACAAUAAUGAAGAAUAGACGAGGCACCCAAACUGUAACUUCUGUGUGUGUGUGUGUGUGCGUGUGUGUGUGUGUGUGUGUGUGUGUGUGUGUGUGUGUGUGUGUGUGUGAGGCCAGAUGUACUGUAAAUGGCCUCCUCUACCUGCCCCGCUAGUCAUGAUGGCACAUGUGUUAGUUCUCUGCUCCAGUCGUUAGGAGGGUUUACCUGAGGAGGCCACUGGUGGUAUGUUUUCAACCCAACACACACUCACACACACACACACACACACCUGAGACUGACAGUGGCAUUAGCACAAGUGUGUUUGGGAUAUGUUGGCUUCGUUCCCUUGGUGUUUGUUUAACCUCAGAGUUUAGCAUAUUGAGGACAAUCUGUCGUCAGCUAAAUGGCUUUACUAACUUCAUCUCAAGUUUACCACUAUAUAUGUUUUUACAGUUCCUACCGAAAACUAUCAGUUAUGUCGCUGUAGUUCAUGUGUUCAUUGUCAACAACUUUGCUGUUCAUUUUGUAUUUAUUAUCUGUCUUGCAUUGACACUGUUGCAUCUGUUAUGCAUAUAUUACUGCUAAUAAACAAUAAUAAAUA